CCUAGUCCUUAACGAAUAGGGUUUUCUGGUGUUGUCGCUUCUUGGAAUCGAUUAUAUAAAGCUGCCCUCAUCUUCCAAUCCCUUCGUUGAAGCAAAGGAGAGUUAAGGAGAGGCUAGGGUUCCUCGUGACAUCAACCAAGUUUUCUCUGAUAUAUCUGUAGAUCGCCAAAGUGGAGGUUGUCAAGUUUGAAGUUUCUUUUAUGUCUGAAAGGGCCUCUCUCUAUUUGGGAUCGGUUGGGCUUCUUGGUGAGUACUGUCCUACGUCAAGGAAAAGGAACAGACACUGCAUGCAUCUCGGGCCGUUUCGGGAUUUAAUUCAUUAUCAGGGUUGCUAUUGGAUGCAGCCUUACCCAUUUGUUAGGGAUCAGUUCUGUAUUGAAGAAGGAAGUGGCCUGCUGAAAACAAAAAAUCCUGCCAGUCCAGUAUUUUUCAAUUCAAGCAGCUACUGCUCUCUCUAAUAUAUGUCAUAGCAUUUGUGUUCUGAGAAACAAAGAUGGCGUUGCAAAACAUUGGUGCUGCGAACAGUGAUGAUGCAUUCUACAGGUAUAAGAUGCCAAAAAUGAUUACCAAGAUUGAAGGACGGGGAAAUGGCAUCAAGACAAAUGUCGUUAACAUGGUAGAUAUUGCGAAGGCUUUGGCAAGACCUGCUUCUUACACCACAAAGUACUUUGGUUGCGAACUAGGAGCCCAAUCCAAAUUUGAUGAGAAAACUGGUGUUGCCCUAGUCAACGGGGCCCAUGAUACUGCAAAACUUGCAGGGCUUCUUGAGAACUUCAUCAAGAAAUAUGUCCAGUGCUAUGGGUGUGGGAACCCUGAGACAGAGAUAGUUAUUACUAAGACCCAGAUGAUCACCCUCAAAUGUGCUGCAUGUGGUUAUGUUUCGGAUGUUGACAUGAGGGACAAACUCACAACAUUCAUAGUCAAGAACCCUCCUGAACCAAAGAAGGGAUCCAAGGAUAAGAAAGCAAUGAGGAAGGCAGAGAAAGAACGCCUCAAGGAAGGGCAAGCUGCAGAUGAGGAGCAGAAGAAGCUCAAGAAAGAGUUGAAGAAGAAGGCUCCCUCAAAGGAUGCGGCCUCCAAGGGAACCUCAACCAAGAAGAAGGGAAAUGUAUCUGAUGAGGAUCGGACUUCACCUACUCGCAGCCAAGCUGAUGAGAAUGAAGCUGCCAAUGAUGAUGAUGAUGACAUCCAGUGGCAGACUGACACCUCUCUUGAGGCAGCUCGUCAACGUAUCCAAGAGCAGUUGAGUACAGUGACGGCUGAGAUGGUUAUGCUCACAGCCACUGAAGAGAAGCCAAAACCAAAGAAAACAGAAGUUGCUGGCAAGAACAGCCCACCAGAAGCAGAAGCAGAAGCAAAAUCUGACCACAAGGGAGGUGAGAAUGGGACUGCUAUUGAGAGCACCCAGGAAAGGCUUGUGAAAGAGAUCCGAGGGAGUCUGAAGAAAGGAUGCACUGUUAGCCAGCUGCAUUCUACCUUGGGAUCCCUGUCAGGCACGCCCCAGGAGGUCAUGAAUGCUUUGUUUGAAGCUCUUUUUGAGGGUGUUGGUAAGGGAUUUGCGAAAGAAGUUGCCAAGAAGAAGAAUUACCUUGCUGCUGCUGCAGCAGGUGAUGAUGGAUCACAAAUGCAUCUGCUGUGUGCACUCGUUAAUUUCUGUGGAAAGGCAAGCUCUGAAGUGGUGAAGGAGGUUGCUGUGGCUCUCAAGACACUGUAUGACAGUGAUGUGCUGCAGGAGGAAACAAUUGUGCGGUGGUAUCAAGAAGGCUUGGCUGAAGGCAACAAGAACUCCCAGUUCUGGAAGAAUGUAAAGCCUUUCAUUGAGUGGCUUCAGAGCGCAGAGUCUGAAUCAGAGGGGUGAUACGUGAUAUAGCCGAGUCAGCUCAGCUUUGUGUAGUUACUGGAUUGGCAUCUUUUGGGUCUUCUGUUCUUAUUGUUGCUAGUCGGCUUGUCUGUCUGUCUGUCCUUGGAGUGUUGGUGCAUACGCUUUAAUUAGGAAGAUACACGUUUAGUAUCUCUACACUAGUCUUAAAUAUUUUGGAUUCUGAAACGUUUGAAUUUAAGUGUUUUGUGUAUUUUGGGUACUGAAUAACUUUGAAGGGAUCCUGAUUCUAAGGUGAGUGGUUUCUGUUA